UGUGACGCAGUCGCACUUCAGAUGCGCACUUCGGAGUGCGCGGACCUCACUUUGGGACACGACACAGCUCUUGGCUUUACUGUCAGCGUUUAGUCAAGCUCGUGCCACUGUGUCACUGUCUGAAGCCAUAAUGCGCUUAACAACGCUGUUUAUCGUCCUCUGCGCUUAUCAAGUUUGCUCACCGCCGAGUAACAUUUCAGGAGAAAAUUCUAGACAACUGGAUGCAGAAGAGGGUACAACUGUUUCACCGAGAACAGCUGCAAAAGGGCCAAAAAGUAAUGAUGUAGACACUUCAAAUAAUAAUGAUCCAGAUUACAAAAUAGGUGAAAAACCAAAUGAAGAACAGAAGAACCCAUCUGCCAGCAAUAAAGAAAGUAAUAAGGAAAUUGCCCCUCAAACUCCUGAAGAAACUCAAAGCAAAAAUAAUGAAGCAAACAAUGAAAAGAGUCAAACCCUAACUGAAGGUGUUAAUGAAAACACACCCCUGGAAAAUGCUAACAAAGAUGAAGCUGAGUCAAAUAAUGAAGGAAAAGACAAGCUGCCCGCACUUGCCCAAAAUGAAACAGACAAUCCAAAAAACAACAAAGAAACUGAUGAAGCUGCACCAAAAGAAGAGGCUAAAGAGAAGAUGACCUCAGCUGAACUAAAUAAAGAAGAUGAUGCACAAGCAGGCUCUAAACCUGCUGAAGGUGGUGGAGAAAAACCAAAAGAUGAUGGAACAGGUCAAGAGGAGCAUAAAGACGUAGGUGAACCAACUGGUGACAAGAAGCCGACCAUAGCUGACCAAAAAGAAGAGGCUGAAGACAAUAAGAACUCUGAACCUUCUGAAGAGGGUGAAGAUGAAACAGAUGGCAAGAGUGAAGAGAAGUCACCUGGACCUGAGAUCCCUACAGAUGAAGACGUACAAAAUGGUGAUUCAGCAAAUGACCCUGAAGAAGGUGAAGGUGAAGGUGAAGAUACUGUUGAUGAACCUUCAAAUGAACAGGAUACAUUUAACAGCAAAACAGAAAAGAAGGAAAAUAAAGUGAAAGCUUAUCAACAAGAGGAGAGUGCAGAGAACAGCCACUUCUUUGCCUAUCUGGUCUGUGCCGUUAUACUGGUGGCUGUGCUGUAUAUCGCCAGUCACAACAAGCGCAAGAUCAUUGCCUUCGUCUUUGAGGGCCGGAGAUCAAGAGGCACACGGAGACCCAAGUCAUCUGAUUACCACAAACUCGACCAGAGUUGAGAAAACCCAGUCAGAUGAGUCAGCGGUGGAUGAAUCUAAAUAUUUGAAGUGUGAUUUUGAAACUUGAAUUAUCCAUAAUGAGGCAUAUAUCACCACUCAUAAACAUUGCACAGAAACUGUCACUAACUCAUCCAAAAUGAUAUUAAUAAUGACAAAUUCUCAUCCAUCCGUAGCAUGUCAGGUAUGUUGAAAACAAUGUCUCUUGUAGUUCUAAAAUGUCUGGGACGAUCUUCAGUCAGGUUUAGAGUGUUACGAACACACCGGUACAUAUUGCAGAUGUUGGUUCUGUGGCCUCUCGUUCUAUUUAAUUUCCGAGCCUUUUUUGGUAGAGUUACGUGGUUGUCUUUGUUUUUUCUUUUUCUCAAUUUAUUGCUGGGCGAAA